UUUCUCUAUUUUUACGCAAGAGAUUGGAAGAAACAAACAAACCGAGACCAGCGAGUGAGAAAAGUAGCGCGUCUUCGCCGGUCUUUUACAUUAUUUAAAAUAAAUCUCAGACACACUUGGGGGAUCACGGAGCCACCAUGAUAAGAGCUGUGGAUGUUGUGCUGGUUUUGCUGCUCGCCGUGUCCCUGUCGUGCAGGAGCGCCUCUGGAGGAUACGGGAUGAGCAUGUUUGCAGCACAGACCUCUCCUCCGGAUCCCUGCUACGACGAACACGGCAACCCGCGGCGCUGCAUCCCGGACUUCGUCAACUCCGCCUUCGGGAAGGAAGUGAGGGUGUCCAGUACCUGCGGCAAGACGCCGAGUCGCUACUGCCUGGUGACCUCUGCCGAGACAGGAGAGGAGAAAACCAGAAACUGUCACACCUGCGACGCCUCUGACCCCAAGAAGUAUCACCCACCAGCGUAUCUAACGGAUCUUAACAACCCUCACAACCUCACCUGCUGGCAGUCUGAGAACUUCAUCCAGUACCCGCAAAAUGUCACCCUGACUCUGUCCCUCGGCAAGAAGUUUGAGGUAACGUAUGUGAGCCUACAGUUCUGCUCGCCCCGACCCGAAUCCAUGGCUAUUUACAAGUCCAUGGACUACGGGAAAACUUGGGUACCCUUUCAGUUUUACUCUACCCAGUGCAGGAAGAUGUAUAACAAGCCCAACAGGGCCGUUAUCACAAAGCAGAACGAGCAGGAGGCGGUCUGCACGGACUCACACACCGACAUCUACCCUCUGACCGGCGGGCUCAUCGCCUUCAGCACGCUGGACGGCAGACCGUCGGCGCAUGACUUUGACAACUCCCCGGUGCUGCAGGACUGGGUCACAGCCACGGACAUUAAGGUCAUCUUCAGCAGGUUGCACACUUUCGGCGACGAGAAUGAGGACGACUCGGAACUGGCCCGGGACUCGUAUUUCUACUCAGUGUCGGACCUGCAGGUCGGAGGGAGAUGCAAAUGCAACGGACACGCAUCUCGGUGCGUAAAGGACCGAGACGGGAAUCUGGUGUGUGAGUGUAAGCACAACACCGCCGGGCCCGAGUGCGACAGGUGCAAACCUUUUCACUACGACAGACCGUGGCAGAGAGCCACAGCCAGGGAGGCCAACGAGUGUGUCGCCUGCAACUGUAACCUUCACGCCCGAAGGUGUCGUUUCAACAUGGAGCUCUACAAACUGUCGGGGAGGAAGAGCGGAGGAGUCUGCCUCAACUGUCGCCACAACACGGCAGGUCGCCACUGCCACUAUUGCAAGGAGGGCUACUACAGAGACCUGUCGAAGCCCAUCUCACACAGAAAAGCCUGCAAAGCAUGUGAUUGCCAUCCCGUGGGUGCUGCUGGCAAAACCUGUAACCAAACCACAGGACAAUGUCCCUGUAAAGACGGCGUGACUGGUAUCACGUGCAACCGCUGUGCUAAAGGCUACCAGCAGAGCCGCUCGCCCAUUGCCCCCUGCAUAAAGAUUCCAGUCACACCUCCUACAACCCCAUCCAGCAGCACGGAGGAGCCAUCAGACUGUGACUCUUACUGCAAGGCAUCCAAAGGCAAACUUAAAAUCAACAUGAAGAAGUACUGCAAGAAAGAUUACGCUGUCCAAGUCCACAUCCUGAAAGCGGACAAAUCCGGUGAGUGGUGGAAAUUUACUGUCAACAUCAUCUCCGUCUACAAGCAGGGAGAGAGUCGCAUCCGCCGUGGGGACCAGUUUCUGUGGGUCCGUGCCAAAGACGUGGCCUGCAAGUGUCCAAAGAUCAAGCCUGGGAAGAAGUACUUGCUGCUGGGAAAUGAUGAGGACUCCCCUGGCCAGGGUGGAGUAGUGGCAGAUAAAGGUAGCCUGGUUAUCCAGUGGAGGGACACAUGGGCGCGCAGGCUCAGGAAGUUCCAGCAGCGCGAGAAGAAAGGCAAGUGCAAGAAGCCAUAAGCAAGAUAAGACGGAGACGAUUCUGAAGAGGGAGAUGAUUUCAAGAAAAAAAGCUGAGCUGGCAAAUAUUAAAAAUAAAUAAAUAAAUAAAUAAAAAGAAUGGAAGAGUGACAGACAGAGGACCAUGGACAGAAAAGAGACUGUUUAUGUCGCUGCUUUUUUGUGUAGAAGCAUGAAGAGAAUUAUUUAGGAUGAUAUGUUUUUUUCAGUCGAACUUUUGUUGAAGGAGCUCACCUGGCAGAUUUGGUUUAUUUUACUUUGAGAUUCCUUUCUCUUGUGGAUUUGCACCUAUUACCAGUAUAUAUCAUUAUUU